AACCCUUUGACAAAAUACCCAAAAAAAAAAAAAAAAAAAGGAAGAAGAAGAAGAGAAUCCGAAUCGAUCUUCACAUCACUGGUCAUUUUUUGCUUUUGUGGAGAAUUGAUUUGUUUGUGUAGAGGACUAGAGUCUUUUUAGAGAGUCAUAAACAGUUGUCGAGUUUCCCAAACCCAAAACCCUACUUACCCUACCACCUAGGGUUUAAUGUUCUUCUCAAUUUUGUGAUUCCCGAACUUAGGAUGGAAGGUGUAGUGGGCGAAGGAGAAAGUUACACUCUCGUGGUGAGGAAGCCUUGUUUCGGUCUCCCAACUGCUUGCCCCUCUUCCUUGCCUCUUUACUUGUACCUCAGAUUCGCCAAUGUCCCAUUUCAAUUAGAUUUCAACCUUGUCUUCCCUGACUCUGAUCAAAUUCCUUACAUUGAGUCUGGUGAUUAUGUGGCCUACAAUAAUGAGAAGGGUGGAGUCAUUGAGAGAUUAAAAAGAGACGGCAUUAUUGACCUCGACACUGAACUCUACUCUGUUCCUGAAUGGAUAUCUACUAAAGCAAUGCUUAGCUCCUGGCUUGCCGAUGCUAUCACGUAUGAACUGUGGGUAGGGAGUGAUAGUAGUUCUGCUGAAACGAUAUAUUGUUCUGAUCUUCCAUGGCCAAUUGGAAAUGUUUUGUUUUUGAAACAAGUACAUAGCGUUAAGCAGCAACUGGGGAUUACAAAGGAAAAUGCCGAGCAAAAAGGAGAAGAGAUCUACAGAAGAGCAGGCAUUGCUUAUGAAGCUUUGUCGACUAGGUUGGGAGCUCAGGACUUUCUCUUUGAAAACAGGCCGUCAAGUUUAGAUGCCAUCUUUCUGGGACAGGCACUUAUUGUUCUUCAAGCAUUACCUGAGAUGUCAAUACUGCGGAGAAAACUCUUAGAACAUGGUAAUCUUGUAAGGUAUGUUGAGAGGGUUAAGACUGAGUUUGUCGAGACUGGUCCUUCAUAUUCUGUCCCACAUUUUAGAGCUGACUCAUCAUCAUCAAUUCCCAAAAAAGGUCCUAGUAAGAGUUCCAAGCCCAAAAGCAAACCGAAAAAGGAAAAAACAAAGGAAGAAAAGACUUUUAAAAGAAGAGCCAAGUACUUCCUGGCAACACAACUGGUUGCAGUUUUACUUUUCCUUACACUUAUGGGAAGACCGGAUGAUGUUGAAGUUGAUCUUGAUGACGAUGAUGAAGGCUACGACUGAGACAAUCUACAAUCUGACCAGCUCAUUUAACAUUUAAAAUACCUUCAUAUCUUUAAUUCAUCCAAGGUUACCACCUGAUGAAUGUUAUUUGUGUCUGUGCUUUCAAUUUUUUGUAACCCAAAUGAAGAUUUUGGAGAAUAAAUCCUCAUGGAGCAAAAAUUUUUGCACAAUAGAUAAAAGUUACUUUUUU